GCGAGGGCCAGGGGCUGCUUGUCCUGACCCCGUCACCAGCGCCUCCCUCCCCCACUACUGAAGCCCAGUUAAUUAUAACUCUGACCUAAGUGCCCUGUGACGUCAAGCCCAGACCAACGGUGCCCCAGAGACCCAGCAACCAGGUGCAUGCCUUAGCCAUGCUCCCUGCGGAGGUGCCCCUGUCCCUCCUGGGCCCCUCAACACUGCUUCUACUGCAGCUACUGCUGCCCUCCACAUCUGCCUUCUUCCCCAACAUCUGGAGCCUUCUGGCUGCCCCCGGCUCCAUCACCCACCAGGACCUGACUGAGGAAGCUGCACUCAAUGUCACCCUGCAGCUCUUCCUGGAGCAGCCACCCCCAGGCCGACCACCCCUUCAUCUAGAGGACUUUGUGGGCCGAACCCUCCUUGCCGAUGACCUCUUUGCCGCCUACUUUGGACCUGGGUAUUCGUCCCGGCGGUUUCGAGGCGCUUUAGGUGAGGUGGCUCGUGCCAAUGCAGCCCAGGACUUCCUGCCAAUUUCUAGAAACAAUCCUGACCUGCACUUUGAUGCUGAGCGGCUGGUCCAGGGACGCAGUCACUUGGUGGUGGCUUUGCGGGAGACCCUGGUGGCAGCCAGAGCCCUUGAGUACACACUGGCCCGCCAGCGCCUGGGGGCUGCGCUUCAUGCCCUGCAGGAUUUCUAUAGCCACAGCAACUGGGUGGAACUGGGGGAGCAGCAGCCACACCCUUACCUCCUCUGGCCAAGGCACGAGCUCUGGAGCCUGGCACAAGUGGGGGAUCCUACCUGCUCUGACUGUGAGGAGCUGAGCUGCCCUAGGAACAUGCCUGAGUUCACACACCUCACCUCUGGCUACUUUGGAACUUAUCCCCCCAAACCUCCAGGGAAAUGUAGCCAUGGGGGCCAUUUUGACCAGAGCAGUUCCCAGCCUCCCCGGGGCGGUAUCAACAAGGACAGCACAUCCCCAAGCUUUUCCCCCCACCACAUGCUGCACCCUCAGGCCGCAGAUGUGGCCCUCCUCGCCUCCAUUGAGGCCUUCAGCCUCCUGCGAAGCCGCCUGGGAGACAGGGGUUUUUCCAGACUGAUGGACAUCACCCCAGCCUCCAGCCUGAGCUUUGUCCUGGACACCACAGGCAGCAUGGGUGAGGAGAUCAAUGCAGCCAAGAUCCAGGCUCGCCGAAUCAUGGAGCAGCGGCGGGGCAGCCCCGUGGAGCCUGUCCACUAUGUCCUGGUGCCCUUCCAUGACCCAGGGUUCGGCCCUGUCUUUACGUCCAGUGAUCCUGACAGCUUCUGGCAGCAGCUCAAUGAGAUCCACGCCUUGGGCGGUGGAGAUGAACCUGAGAUGUGCCUGUCUGCACUGGAGCUAGCCCUGCUGCACACACCUCCUCUCUCCGACAUCUUUGUCUUCACUGACGCCUCCCCCAAGGAUGCUUUUCUCACCAACCGGGUGGAGUCCCUGACUCGGGAGAGGCGCUGCAGGGUGACAUUCCUAGUGACUGAAGACCCAUCGCGAAUUCACGGCCGAGCCCGGCGCGAGGUCUUGUCUCCUCUGCGUUUUGAGCCAUAUGAAGCAGUGGCCCUGGCAUCGGGAGGAGAGGUGAUCUUCACCAAAGACCAGCACAUUCAAGAUGUGGCAGGCAUUGUGGGGGAGAGCAUGGCUGGUCUGGUGACUCUUCCCCUGGAACCUCCUGUCAUUGUACCUGGGAAACCAUGUGUGUUUACUGUGGACAGACUGCUCCGGAAGGUCACAGUCCGGUUGCAUGGAGACAUCAGCAGCUUCUGGAUUAGAAGUCCUACAGGGGAGUCCCAGGGCCAGGAGGAAGGCAUGGGUCCCCUGGGUCAUACUCACCGCUUUGGACAGUUCUGGAUGGUGACCAUGACUGAUCCCCCUCAGAUAGGGACUUGGGAGCUCCAGGUAGCAGCUGAGGGGACCCCCCGGGUGAGAGUGCAAGCCCAGACCUCCCUGGACUUCCUCUUCUGCUUUGGGAUCCCCAUGGAGGAUGGACCCCACCCUGGCCUCUACCCCCUGAGUCAGCCUGUUGCAGGUCUCCAGACCCAGCUGCUGGUAGAACUGACAGGGCGUGUCUCCAGACCGACACUUGAGGAUUCAGAGCCACAUUUCUCCCACGUUGUCCUUCGAAGGAUCCCAGAGGGCACUGAACUGGGCCGGGUGUCCUUGGAACCCGUGGGACCCCUGGAGCGAGGCCUCCUGGCUGCCUCACUGCCGACCAGGCUGCUGUCCACCUCGGUGCCUUUCUCCCUGGAGCUGAUUGGCCAGGAUGGAGGCGGGCAGGGCCUGCACCGGGCUGCCCCCCAGCCUUGCAUGGUGGCUCCUGUGCUUCUGGAGCUCACUGGUCCCCCAGGUUUCUUGGCCCCAGGCAGCAAGGCCCCGCUCAGCAUCCGCAUCACCAGCUUCUCGGGCCCCCAGGACCUGGACCUCAGGACAGGUGUCAGCCCCGGCUUCGCCCUGUCCUCCAACCUCACCAGUGCUCGCCUGGCACCAAAUGGGUCUGCAUGGGGCCGCCUGUGGCUGGAGGUCCCAGGCUCAGCAGCCCCGAACUGCGUGGUGAUGGUGACUGUGACCGCAGUGGGACAAAGAGGCAGCCCGGGGCCUCCCACCCACGCCUUCCUCAGGCUCCUGGUGCUGGCGCAGGAGCAGCUCGAGGCCUCUGCCCACCCUGCCGGUCCUGUGCUCCCUCCAGCCACCCCUGCCUUGCCACCCUCUACUUUGGUGACUGGGGGGAGGGCCGGGGGAGGGAUGGCCAGCAAGGCCUGGUGGGGCACACUUGGGGGGAUGCUGUUCCUGCUAGGCUUAGCCUCCUGGUAACAACAGGCCCUUAAGGAUGGGAAGGUCACAUGACCUCAGGGCCUGCCUGGCCUUUUCCAGCAGCACAGGGAUUUUUACUGCACAUUUCUUUCUUAAGAGUGGCCAGCCAGGUAUGGUGGCACAUACCUGUGGUCCCUAGGAUGUGGAGGCUGAGGCAGGAGGACCUCUGUGAAUUCAAGGCUAGCCUGAGCUAUGAGACCCUAUCUCUGCACCUUUAGUCCACUAACAAGUCAUCAGGCUCAGGUAGAGGGAAGACCAUGGAGAGCACCAGCAAGUAUUCGUCAUGUGGUUUUUGUUUUAAAUUUGGGGGCAGCUUUUUCAUUUUUGCUUUAAAGCCUAAGGAAGGUUUCAAUGAACAUGUCUUCUCCUCAGAGAAAUUCUGAAGAUGGAUCAUUCUUGCACACGGUAUAUGGGAGCGCGAGGGCAAGGGGCAUUAAGAAAUGGGAAGCUUUCAGGCGUUGGGGACACUCUCUGGAGAUGUCUGAUUUCAUUGACCCAUGGCCUGGAGCCAUUGGCUGUUGAAUGAAGACAGAAUAAGGUAGGGAGGUUCUAAGUCCACCACAGCUGUCUACACCAGCGUAGGGCCCCUCUGCCCAUGGGGGCAGCCUGGCUGAGCCCCCUCCUCCUCGGGCUGAUGGCUACCUUUCCACUGCUUUGACAGUUCCUGGAGAAGAGAGAAACAGCCUGGGCGUCUGCACCUUCCCACCCUGGGGCCAGGGUCUUUCACACCCCUUGUUUGUCUGUUUCCUUGGCCUUUCCCUCUGGUCUGGGUAGUGCAGGAACCAGGCUUGGUUAACAGAGUGGGGAUGGUGGAGGAGGGCCACUGUUCGCUAGUAAAUCAGUGCUG